CGCUGCUCUCUCUCGUCUCCUGCGCGUCUUCCGCGCGUCACCUGCUCCAGACAGGCAUCACUUCGCGCUUCCAAGCGAAGUCAACGCUCACGAAAGUAUCAUCUUCUACCACUACAACCACCACCACCAGCAACACAUCGACUACCACCACCUCUACGACUUCCACUAACCUUAAUGGCAGUUUUAGCGUGGAUAUCAACGU